AUGGAUUAUCUACAUAAGAAGAAACGAUCGUUUUUCAUAAUUGGACUGCUAUUUUUCUUGAGCGGUAUAGAGUACGGCGUUAUUCUGCCCACCAUAUGGAAGUACUUGCAGAUACUGGAUGCACCCGCGUACUUUAUAGGCUUGGGUCUGUCUGCAUUCAGUUUCAGUGGACUAGUGUCAGGUCCACUGUUUGGACACUGGUCCGACAAGACUCGAACUAUUAAGACCAUCAUUCUUUACUCCAAUGUCUUCGAGAUUGUGGGUAACUUAAUGUAUUUCGUUGGGUAUUCAAAAUGGCUUCUGUUGUCCAGUCGACUUGUUGCCGGUAUCGGAACCGGCGCCGGUUCUUCCAUCUUCGGGUUCCUCACGCGGACCACACGCCCGGAUGAACGCGCUAAAGUGUUCGCCGCUGUAAUGGCGUGUCGCCAGGCUGGACUUCUGAUUGGGCCUGCUUUUAAUAUAUUCCUGCGCUUGUGCGAUUUUAGGCUAGGACCGUUUAUGGUUAACAAGUACACUUCACCAGGGCUUUUCAUGUGUGGCAUGUGGCUGUUGCUUCAGUAUGCUGUGGCAUUGUAUUGGGACAUCCCCCCCCUGGACUCUCCACUUGAGCAGCACAACGUGGGGAAGGAUGAGGAAGAGCCUCUCAUGGACUUGGCAGAGGUAGACGGUACGCUGCCUGGGGAGGACACCUGCAACUCAGCUCACGCCGAGCAGUCAGAGACAUGGAUCUUGCACGAACUUGGCCCCUCAGCACCUGACACGCCUCCAUCCUCAUGGCCACACAGCCCAGAUGACCCCUCUGAAAACUUCAACACCAAUCAAGAAUUUCUGAGGGAAGAGGUAGUGGUCCUCCUCACCGCUCAGUUCAUCACACUCUUCAAUCAGACAGCACUUGAGACCAUGGUGACCCCGCUGACCCAGAAGAAUUUUGGCUUUGACGAGCUCGGCAACAGCGCGAUGUACAGCCUCUGCGGUCUGGAGGUCAUCGGGGCCUUCUUCCUCGUCCGCCGGCUGAGCCGGGCACUGGAGGACCGGGUGCUGCUCGCCACUGGCCUACUUGUCUGCUGCGGAGCCUGCGUCUGGUGCUUGGUGUUCCUGGCUAAUCCCCAGGGUGGCUUUGCGAUCAAGCUGACUGAGUUCAUUAUUGGAGUGUUCCUACAGCUGCUGGGGCUUCCUUUCGUCGCUGUGUCUCAGGUGUCCCUCUUCUCCAAAGUUACUGCUGAGAAGACACAAGGAUUUAGUCAGGGUGUACGGAGUUCAGUUGGAGGCCUGGCCACCAUCCUGGGGCCUCUUUGGGCAGGUGGUCUAACUGGGAAUUUGUACGUCAUGUUGGGACUGAUGCUUUUUCUCCUCAUUCUUAUUAUGAUUAUGAUGGCUCUGUCCUACGAGAAGCUGGUGGAACCUCCUGUAGUUCAACACGUGGGGAGCUUUGAGAAUGGACUAUGAUGCUUGGAUGCUGCCCACUGAUUCAUGCUACACAGAGCAGGUGAGCAGGGACGCCUGUCGGAUUUAUGGGAAUCGGAGUGUUGUUUCCUCACCAGUGCAUAAUAAUACAG